AUCCGUGUGUACACACUGCACUUGCGCGAUGUCGGCAACACUCGUUCACUCUCUCAGCUCACAAACGCACUCGCAACCGCAACCGACGAUAACGCCGCGUGAAGUGGGCUGCUUUGGAAAUUUUACGAUUCAUUGUUGCUUGGACGUGGCAGCCAUGACGUGAUUUCUGACUUUGACUAAGAAAAUUUUUUGUUAAAAUUACAUUUGUAAAUUAUAGAAAAUUAACUUAAGGGGAAUACGUGCAUUAUUAAGCCAGCAACAAGAGCUCAAUUAAGUGUAAAAUAAAAAGUGUGUGAAAACUAUUACAAUUUAUACAAAAAAUAUUGUAGUGAAACCUAAAGCAAAUGCAUAGUUUUAAAUAAAAGCAACAAAUCAGAAAUUGAGAAAAGCACAACUAAACAACCAACCAGCAACAACUAUAAAAUCUACUCAUCAAAUAUUUAUCAAGCUGCAGCGCCAACAGGCAACAACUAAAACAACCAUCGCGCCGUAGCAUCAAUAUUAACAACAAUAAAAUCAUCGUCCAAUUGAAAAGCUAUCAAAGAAACAAGAACAACCCACACAUGCUAUCGAUUGCUCAUCAAAGCGAUAUAUACGCACAGUUUACAACACUGUUCGGCUGAACAGCGAGAGCACAGCUGAUUGUGCCUAGCUGGCUGUUGUGUUUUUGGUUGUGAGCGGGGCGGCAGUGAAAGGUUUUCUGCGCUCGCAGUAGCCGAGAAGUAACAGUUUAACAAGAACAAAAACAUCAACAACUACACUGUAUGUGACGUGGUGGAAGCAUAAGCAACGGCGACAGCACACACAACUACUGCGCGCAGGUGGCUGUUAAGAACAGCUGUUUCAACACAUCAACACGAUAAAAAGCCACUGAAAUCUACAAAGCACUGUUGACUAUUAAAUGUAAAUACAUACAUACAAACAUACCUAUAUUCUUUUCCAACAGUGGGUGAGAUAAAUACACACACGUAUAUAUUCAACCGUAACAACCAACAACAAGAACCAAAAACUAAAACAGCAAUUAAUUGCCAUCGGGCCCAAGGCUUGUUCUACGUCACAUUUGAGAGCAGGAGUGGUGCCAGCAGCAGGAGAGACGCAUUCAACAUUAUUCUGAAACAUCUCUAAUUAAAGUGCAUUCAACAACAAUUACAAACACAACAACUUCCAGUUAAAGUUACUUCCAUAAGCUUCUUCCCUUUAAAAAUAAUUUAUUGUUGUGCAACACUGGCGCGCCAGCCAAAAAAAAAUCAAAUUUUUGCCAUUCGCCACGCAACGUCACAACGACAAAGCAGCCAACUUAACUAACAAAAGUACGAGCGUAGUUAAAGAAAUUAGACAAAAUUAGCCUUAACAUUGUGAUCCACAUCCAUCAUCAAGAAGAAAAUUUGUGUGGGGGGCGGACACGUUAUGAGCAAUUCGAUUGCAUCGACAAAAUGCCUGCCCAAUGUCUCGUUCUCGUCCGGCAAUUAUGGUAUGUCACAAAGCCACCGUUAUACCGAUGAUACAAAGGAGUAUAUAUACCUCAAGCUUACCGACUCUGCCUUCCGUGCCAUCGAGGAAUAUCAAAGAAAUGAGAAUGCCAAACGAUUGGCGCCCGGCCAAUGUGCCAAAAUUCAAUGCAAUGGCAACACUGGCUUCAUCCACUUUCCGCUGCCCAGCAGCGAUAGCAAUUCUGUUAAUAACGGCAGCGGGAGCGGGAUGGAAGCAGGACGCAAAUUUGGCUUUACCAUUGACGAUCUGGAGGGCACAUUGGAGUGCAUACAGCAGCAGCGGCAGGAGCUCGAUGUCCUUGGUGCAUUGGCGCGACGCAUGCGCAUUCAUGCCAACGAUGAUGUCUACGAUACAACGCGCUCCAAAAUGGCUCGAGUUGAGGAGACGGAGAAGAGCAAAUGUAUUCGGGAGAUCAAGCCAAAUCAAUCGGAUAUUGGGCGUAAGGUGAAGAAGCCGGCCUCGGCAUCGUCACAUCACAGUGGGAACAACAACAACAACAGCAACAGCAGUAGCAGCAAUAGUUUUAACAGUAACAAUAGUCGUAAGUUAGUUUCAUCGCCAUUUAAUGGUCUGACGUCAUCAUCAGUUGCAACAGCAGCGACAGCCGUAGCAGCAGCAUCAGCAGCCACAUCAAUCGCCUCACGCUCGCCCAAUCCCAAUAUUUUGGGUGCCAGCGGCACAGUCAAUGGCAGUCGCAGCACAGCCCUGGCCAACACAUUCGCCAAUGGUAUCUCCCAGGGUUAUGCGCUCAGCGGUAGCUCGCCCAGAGACAACAAUAGCACAACAACAGCAACAGUUGCGGGGACAGCAGCAGCUGGGUCUUUUAGCAGCAACAGUAGCAAUGGACGCAAUAAAAUGCUCAACGGCAGCGGCAGCAACUCGCGUAGUGGCAACGCCAAAUCGGGUGGUGCGAGCGGCAAUGGUGGCAGUGGCGGCAGCGGCAACAAAAUGUCCGAUGUAUCGCGACGUAGUAUACGUGAGCGAUUAAUACAUUUGCUGGCAUUGAAACCGUUUAAGAAGCCGGAGCUUUAUGCGCGACUUAAGCACGAGGGUAUUAAGGAUCGGGAGCGCAAUUUAAUUGGCAAUAUACUCACGGAUAUAAGCACCAUGUCUCACAAUACCUACAACUUGCGGCGACAGAUGUGGAACGAUGUCGAUGAGAACUGGUCGUUCUUUAGCGAACAGGAACUGCAGCAAUUGAAGCGUCGCAAGCCACAGAAUCUGACGCCCCCAAUGAGCUCCGAUGCAGGCAGUUCGACCUCCGGCCAAAGUCCAACGUCCACCCAUACAGGCAGCCCGCCGCCCUUGCUGAGUAUGCCCACAAAUGUGGGACAGCAAUUGGCUAACCACAGCGGUGGACCAAGUGGCAUCAUCGGUGGCAAUAGCUUAAAGCGGAGCAGCAUUGAGUAUGAUGAAAUGUUUAGUACAGUGCAUCCGAAAAAGCAGCGCAUCAGUCACUACACCAGGGAGACAGGACCACAAUUUACAUCGUCCUCAUCCUCCGCUGGCUGCCCCUCUGGCAACUCUGGUUCAUCGUAUCGCAAUCGCACUGCUGCGUAUACGCCACCGCAGAGACAGCAGCCACAGCUGGAUGAUCACAGCAGCAGCGACUUAACAUACAGUGUGCUGGACGAGUUUAGAGGCAUGACAGCAGCAGCUGUUGUUGAACAGCAACAGCAACAGCAACAACAGCAGCAACAGCAACGAAGCAGUAGUAGCAACAGCAACAGUCGACGCGGUAGCGGCAGUUCAACUAAGCAAAGCAACAGUGGCAGCAGCAGCACUGACAAGCGCAACUCAACGGGCAGCAACUCGAGCAGCUCGAGUGGCUAUGAGACGCAACAGGAGCGCAACAGUCGUCAGUCGUCGACAACGCAACAGGCUUCGCACAGUCGAAAAUCGUCAACGACGCCGCCCAAAUUGACUGCUAGUUUUGUGCGUCAAUCGGUGCCGACAACAGGAACACAGCAACACCAACAGCAACAGCAACAGCAGCAGCAACAGCAACGCAGCAGCUUCAAUAGCAGCAGCAACAACAAUGCGCACGAUGAGUACAAUUCAUAUAACAACAACACGCAUGCAGCGUCCAACAGCAAAAAGCGUACGAGUAACAGUAACAGCAACGGGCAACGUCAACGGAGCAGCAAUAGUAGUAGUAGUAGCAACAUUUAUGCGCAGCAGCAACAACAACAGUUGCCAGCGCCUGUGCAGCCGCAACAGCAGCAGCAACACCAUCAUCACCAGCAACAACAGCAGCAGCAGCAACAACAGCAGCAGCAGCAGCAACAUCAUCAGCAGCAGCAGCAGCAUCAGCCUUAUCAAAAUAAUCGCGAAUCGGGAGCAGGUGGUGGUAACAAUCAUGGAACCACUGCGAAACAUCCAUCGCCCACACAGCAACUAGCAGCGGCUGCGCAUGCGUACGCAGCGGCAACAGCAGACGCUGAUGCGAAUGCCGCGCCCCGUUACGACUUCAGCCAAUAUGCGCCCAUACGCACGCUGGAGGUGCGCAGACGCUACAAGACUGAAUUUGAGAGCGACUAUGAUGAAUACCGCAAACUGUUGACCAGCGUGGAGGAUGUGCGCAAUCGCUUCCAGGAUCUAUCCAAGCGCUUAGAAGGCGCACGACGACGUGGUGGUGGUGAUUACGAUCAAAUCAAGCGUCAGAUUGUCAGCGAAUACGAGCGCAUCAAUAGCGAUCGCAACAUCCACAAGGAUAAGCUCAGAUUUGACUACUUGCACGCGAAAUUGGCGCACAUCAAGCAGCUGGUAAUGGAUUAUGACAAGACUUUGAUGAGCGCAUCGGCAGCAACGUCAGCAAUGCCAGAGGCAGCAGCAGCAGCAACAACUGCAUCUGAAGUGCAAGCAGCGGCCGCAGCAGCUACUGCGCGAUUAGCGGAAAGCAGCAACAUGCAACAGCAACAGCAACAUCAACAAUUUCAUCAACAGCAGCAGCAGCAGCAGCAGCAGCAGCAUCGGCAACAGCAACAUCAUGCAGUGGAAACGAUACAGCAACAACAUUACAUCAACAACAACAACAACAACAAUGGCAACCACGAGAGCGAUUCAGAUGAUAGUUCUGGUAGCUCAGAUUCCAAUGAUGAUGAUGAUGAUGAUUGCGAUGAUUCCAACUCCAAUUCUGACGAUGACGAACGCUACUGAUUAAA